AUGGACCUCCACCUCGUCUGCUCCCACAUGCAGUUCUACGCCAAGCCGAUCCCGCCCUUCUUGCUAGAGCCUGCCUUCUGGACUCGGCAUCUAUCCUGCGGAGACGGCUGUGACUGCUCCGACAACCCCUCAAGGUCGUGCUCACGUCGCACGCUCUGGAAGUCCGCCCUGGGCUUCCUGUACUCCUACCGCGCUCUGAUACGGCACGAAAGCGACUUCCGCCUCGCGCAGGACAACUGCUUGUUACCAGAACUUAUCGAAUAG